ACAUAUCCGAUAGAAGCUACUAGAAGCCCUUACUGUCAAGAAAAGUCUAGACCCUGUCUCGCAAGUCGCUACUGUUAACAUAAAAGCCUCGGAAAACACUACGCCGCGCUGCCUCAGAAAAUGGACGCGGAGAAGCUGAAUCAAUUGAAGCAUUUCAUCGAACAGUGCAAGUCCAACCCUUCCCUACUCGCCGAUCCUUCCCUUUCAUUCUUCCGCGAUUACCUCGAAAGUCUCGGCGCCAAGCUUCCCCAAUCUACUGAUUUCAAAUCGAGAGAUGUGGAGAGCGAUGAGGACAUAGAGGAUGUUGGGGACGAACAAGAGAAGAUGGAGGAAGCAGAGGAAGAUGAGAUAAUCGAAUCCGAUGUUGAGCUCGAGGGUGAAACUGUCGAGCCUGACGAUGAUCCUCCUCAGAAGAUGGGAGAUCCCUCCGUCGAGGUCACUGAAGAGAGUCGCGACGCUUCGCAGUUGGCCAAAGUUAAAGCCAUGGAAGCGAUUUCUGAAGGUAAGUUGGAGGAAGCUAUCGAAAACUUGACAGAGGCAAUUUCUCUCAAUCCUACCUCUGCCAUAAUGUAUGCGACCAGAGCCAGUGUUUACAUCAAAAUGAAGAAACCCAAUGCUGCGAUCCGUGAUGCAAAUGCUGCUUUGGAGAUUAAUCCUGAUUCUGCUAAAGGAUACAAGUCACGGGGCAUGGCACGAGCAAUGCUUGGUCAGUGGGAAGAGGCUGCAAAGGAUCUUCAUGUGGCUUCAACGUUAGACUAUGAUGAGGAAAUAAAUGCUGUACUUAAGAAGGUGGAACCAAAUGCUCACAAGAUUGAGGAACACCGUCGGAAGUAUGAAAGGCUGUACAAGGAAAGAGAGGAGAAAAAAGCUCAGCGUGAGAGGGAACGUCGCCGUGCUGAAGCUCAGGCUGCAUAUGAGAAGGCUAAGAAACAAGAGCAAUCAUCUUCCAGCAGAAAUCCUGGAGGCAUGCCCGGUGGUUUUCCCGGUGGCAUGCCCGGUGGUUUUCCUGGUGGCAUGCCAGGUGGGUUUCCUGGGGCCAUGCCAGGUGGGUUUCCUGGUGGUAUGCCAGGAGGCUUUCCUGGGGCCAUGCCAGGAGGUGGGGCCAUGCCAGGAGGUGUGCCUGGAAAUGUUGAUUUCAGCAAAAUCUUGAAUGACCCUGAUCUGUUGACGGCAUUUAGUGAUCCAGAGGUCAUGGCUGCUCUUCAAGAUGUUAUGAAGAACCCUGCUAAUUUGGCUAAACAUCAGGGAAACCCUAAGGUGGCUCCUGUAAUUGCGAAAAUGAUGAGCAAAUUUGGAGGUCCCAAGUAAACACUUGUAAAUGUUUAUUUGAAAUAUCAGCAUUCCAAGCCUCUGCCCUGGAGUAUCUAAUGUUAUUGCAUUUUUCAUUUUAAAGAAAUUAUUAAACUUUUUACCUUUUGUAAGGCUUGUUUCUUAGGUGCUUAUAGCUCGUAUUGGUAGCCAUGUUUAUUUGUCAACGAUGUGAUGUUCAUCUGAGUGAAUUUGAAUGAUAAAAGUUGAUAACAAAAAAAAGGAAGUUUCUUUGUC